CGCUGCAGGCCCGGCCGGGCUCUGGGCCGCUGGCCUCCGAGCCGGGGACUCUGCGCCUGCGCCCGCCAGGCUGCGGUCCGCUCCUCUGGUGCGGCAGUGGUCCCGGCUGCCACGCGCCGCCUGGGUGUUUGGGCGAUCCAUGGGCAGCAGCCAGGGCCACGAUGACAGAUUACAGCGAGGAGCAGCGCAACGAGCUGGAGGCUCUGGAGUCUAUCUACCCCGACUCCUUCACAGUAUUAUCAGAAAAUCCUCCCAGCUUCACCAUUACUGUGACAUCUGAGGCUGGAGAAAAUGAUGAAACUGUCCAGACUACCCUCAAGUUUACAUACAGUGAGAAAUACCCAGAUGAAGUCCCUCUUUAUGAAAUAUUCUCCCAGGAAAAUCUAGAAGAUAAUGAUGUUUCAAGUAUUUUAAAAUUGUUAGCAUUACAGGCAGAAGAAAACCUUGGUAUGGUGAUGAUCUUUACUUUAGUGACAGCUGUGCAAGAAAAAUUAAAUGAAAUUGUGGAUCUAAUAAAAACUAGAAGAGAAGAAGAAAAGAAACAAAAAGAAAAAGAAGCAGAAGAAGCUGAAAAGCAAUUAUUUCAUGGCACUCCUGUUACAAUUGAGAAUUUCUUAAAUUGGAAAGCCAAGUUUGAUGCAGAACUCUUGGAAAUUAAAAAGAAACGAAUGAAAGAAGAAGAACAAGCAGGGAAAAAUAAAUUAAGUGGGAAACAGCUGUUUGAAACUGAUCAUAAUCUCGACACAUCUGAUAUCCAGUUCUUGGAGGAUGCUGGAAACAAUGUGGAGGUAGAUGAGUCUUUGUUCCAGGAGAUGGAUGACUUGGAGCUGGAGGAUGAUGAGGAUGAUCCAGACUACAAUCCCGCUGACCCAGAGAGUGACUCCACCGACUGACGGACCAUCCCCAUCUGCAGAGGCGUGACUGCCACAGCAUCUGUGGCUAUGCUGAGAGGGUGUUGAUUUUCCUUUCUUUUUUUCUAAGAAAAAAUAAUUUUCAGGAGAAUAUUCUUCUGAAAGCUUUCAUCAAUGAACUUAAUAAAACUGACCUUAAAUUUCAAAUACAAAA